GGCGAAGGAAUCUAAAUACCAACCAAAAAUUCACUAAUUUCUUCCCACUCUAUACUGCCUUUAAUUCUCUCUCUCUCUCUAUAUCUGUCAUUUCUCUCUUUUUCCCUCUGCAGUGACAUGCCCACUAAUGGUAAUUAUUACCUCACAAACCACUAAUCUACUUGCAGGCCUCCAUUGUCGUUCCGCCUUCUUCCCGCCGUAGAUCAUUCGCUACAAUUCACUUUCUGCAAAAUUCUCACAGACGCUUGUACAGUUUUAUCCUUCUUCUUCUGCCAUUGAUUCGUUUUUGCUGGUUUCCUUGAGCUCUGUUAAUGGAGUCAAGCAAUAAGCUGCAGAAGAAGAAGAAAUGGUUUAUUCCUUUGGUGUUUUCUUUGCUUCUGACCACUUUGGUUGUUUUUAUCUCAAUUUUCACUUCACCUCAUUUCUCCUCUUCCCAAAUUAAUCGCACCCAUUUGAAAAAUCGGAUUCCCUAUUUCGUCGAGUCGAAGCUUACGGUCUCGAAAACUUCAUCUGACCCAGUUCCUCGUUUGGCCUACUUGAUCUCGGGCUCCACCGGCGACGGAAAGAGCUUGAAGAGAGCUCUUAAGGCUCUGUACCAUCCAAGGAAUCAGUACGUGGUGCAUUUGGACUUGGAAGCUCCGGCGGUUGAGCGGCUGGAAUUGGCUGAUUUUGUGAAUAAUGAGCCGAUUUUUAAUAGUGUGGGUAAUGUGAGGAUGAUUUUGCGAGCGAAUUUGGUUACUUACAGAGGGCCAACGAUGGUCACUAAUACACUUCACGCGGCGGCGAUUCUGUUGAAGGACGGUGGAGACUGGGACUGGUUUAUUAAUCUCAGUGCUUCUGAUUACCCUUUGGUCACUCAAGAUGAUCUGCUUCAUACACUGAUACCCAUUCCAAGAAAUCUCAACUUCAUUGAGCAUACCAGUGACAUUGGAUGGAAGGAGUACCAAAGAGCCAAACCAGUUAUAAUUGAUCCGGGUUUGUACAGCCUCCAUAAAUCAGACGUUUAUUGGGUUUCGGAAAAACGGAGCAUCCCAUCAGCAUAUAAAUUGUUCACAGGUUCUGCAUGGAUGAUGCUCUCUCGCCCUUUCGUAGAAUACUGUUUGUGGGGAUGGGACAAUCUCCCUAGAGUAGUCCUCAUGUAUUAUGCCAACUUCCUCUCGUCCCCUGAAGGCUAUUUCCACACUGUCAUUUGCAACGCCAACGAGUUUCGCAACACCACGGUCAACCACGACCUUCAUUUCAUCUCGUGGGACAAUCCCCCAAAGCAACAUCCUCAUUUUCUCAACCUUUAUGAUUUCCAACGAAUGGCAGAUAGCAAUGCACCUUUUGCUCGGAAGUUUGGCCGUGAUGACCCAGUCCUCAACAAGAUUGACUCCGAUUUGCUGGGUUGCAAUUCUGAUGGAUACUUUCCUGGCAACUGGUUUGACUUGUUUGGAAAUAGCAGUACUUCAAGUAUACACGACAUAACAAACACCACCAGUCUAAGGCCAGGACCCGGUGCCAAAAGGCUUAAGCAUCUAAUUGAUGGUUUGUUAACAGCACCUGAUUUUCACACUUCACAUUGUGUGUAGCACAGUAAGCUCUGAGAUUGGUGCCCGGGCGGGAGAGUGUACAGUUAACGGCAGAGAUCUGAUAGCAAAGCUACUAUAAGGAAGGGAAAGUCUCACAGCUUUUCUGGAAAACAUGCUUUGGCUUAGAUUCUUAUAUAGAGGUACAAUAAUUUUGUAGUUCAAUAGCAGCAGCAGAUCUGCUUUUCUUCUAAUAAAAGUAGUUUUUAUGAUUAAUCAUAUAGAGAUGCCAUUAUAUUAAGACUUGAUGAAUGCAAUGUGCUUGGCAAUUGGCUGAGUGAUUAGAUUUCCUUUACAUGUAUCAUUCAGAGCAAAGUUAGAACUAGUUUGACAGAUGGAACCUUAAAUCUGAAUUAGAGUAUUCAACAUUGUAUUAACUAUCAAGGAUCUUAUUCUUCCACUUUAAGGGAGGUAUUGUAAAGGUCAGAGCUAGCUCCUGGAAAAUAAACAAUGGAUAAUCUUUUAAA